AUGCGUAAAUUUGUGGGUGUUGCUAUUGGAACGGGCUUAACGCAGGUUUACACUGGUAAAGGCGAUACACAACCUGAGCUGGGACGUGCACAAUCUAUUGUAUUGAAGUUGCUGGAAGAUGUGAAUCCAAAAGAAGGACGAAUAUUAUAUGAUGAUAAUAUUUAUUCCGGAAUACCGUUGGUUCCCAAAGAAUUCACAAAGAAGAAUAAGAAAGGUGAAGUUAUUGGCAAAGAGAAAAGCAAGAUAAAAAUUAUUAAAUGGGUAGACAAAAGACCUGUUUUUAUGAUCACGACACAUCCUGCUCAUAAUGCUACACUAGUACCCACAGCAAGGUUAUGUUUGAAUUACUACUGGGCACGACUGAGGUGAAUUCGUGGAUUGUUUAUAACAUGGUUUCUGACACAAAGCUGAGCAUUAUGGAAUUUAGAACACAACCAGCUAAAGAUCUAGUAAUAGA